AGUGUUUUUGGCAUUUGAACUAAUCACAUGCUGACAUCUUGUUAUAAGUGAUACGAGUACUGCGAGGAAAAUGGGUGGGAAGCAAUCUCGCAGUUUGUCCAACAAGGAGUUGAACGAGGUGAGUGUGAGUCAAAGGAGGAAGAGCGCUUUGAGAGACGACCAGCCAAGCCUGUCGUCAGCCGCCGAGAGGAUUCGCAGACACACGACUGUCCACUUUGGCUACAGCACCCUCAGUCUAGCCAUGCGGGGGUUGGAUGAGCCCCCUGCUGAGCUGUGGGAACUCCGAGAACUGCAAAAGCUAAACUUGUCCAUGAACUGCAUGUGUUCCCUUCCCCCUGCACUGGGCACUCUAGACAAUUUAGUGAUUCUCAACCUUUGGGGCAACAAUCUGUCCAGUCUUCCACCGGAGAUCGGCCUGCUUAAGAAGCUGCGGGUGCUGUUUGCCUGUAGAAACCGCCUGAGUGAGGUGCCAGAAGAACUGGGCUUGUGCAUGGGCUUGGAAGUGCUCAGCCUGGCCAACAACCAGAUUACGGGUCUCCCCGGCAGCUUGGCAGCCAUGCGCAAUCUAACCAAACUCAACCUUAGCCACAACCGCAUUGCUCACAUCCCCACCUGUGUGUACAGCAUGAAGGGCCUGGUCUUCCUCCAUCUCGCCUGCAAUCGGCUGGAAACGAUCGCAGACCAGAUACAGGACCUGGUCAACCUGAAGAUCCUCAUUGUGGAGGGGAACAGUAUCCACACACUGCCUAAGACUCUAUGCUUUCUAGAGUCUCUAGAACUCCUUAAUGUUGACUUCAAUGAUUUGCAAAGUGUGCCCAUGGAAAUGUACCUGCUGAACAGACUGGGGAGGCUGGCCUGUCACCCACUGGAUAAGGGGCUCCAUAUUGUCCACAACCCCCUCCUCAAGCCUAUUCAGGAGGUGCUGCAAGGAGGGCUCAGUGCCCUCUAUAACUACCUCAAACCCACGUGA